GCACAAUGCUUUCUUCUUUGAUUCUGUGCCUUAUCGUAAUGACGUUUUCACGUCAGACGACAGCGUCGCAUUUUCGCGGCGGGAUCAUCACUUGGAAGCCAGGUGGAAAUAACUCGAACAAGGUGCUUUUUAACUUUCGGCUGGGUUUCCGAAGAUCCUAUUCCUAUUCAUAUUACUGCGACAGCUCGAUGGUCGCGAGCCAAAGCAUUGUAGGAAGUGGAGACAGCUGGAGAGCAAGUCACGACAAAGGAUAUUAUUCAAGCUUUACAGUGGCAAGCACGGGAUAUCACUGCACCGAUUUCAGUGUUCAGGAGGACUGGACACAAGGGGAGAACAGUUUUGAGUAUACUUUCUGGAAUGAAGGACCCUGGCUGAUAAGUUAUUCAAGUUGCUGUUGGAUCUCAUUAGUGAAUGGAGGCAAUGGAGACUGGCUUCUCUCGACCACUGUCAACCUGACAAGGCGGCAGGAUAACGGAAAAAUCAACUCAUCUCCGAUCUCAGCAAUAUCUCCCAUCGUUCGACACCAGCAAGGCUGUCCAAAAACAAUUACUAUUCCCGCCGAGGACUCGGAUGGUGAUAAAGUUCGUUGUCGAUGGUCGACUGGCUCUCGAAGAGAGUGUGGUGAUGUAUGUCAUAGCUUUCAAAGUGGCACUUUAGACGAAGAGAAAUGCACUUUGAGUCUCCAUAGCAAUAUAGCUCUCGGUUGGCAUGCAGUGGCUAUUACCUUAGAAGACUACCCAGCUUCAACGACCAACUUCCAAAGCGCCACUCCAUACAGUCACGUGAGUCUGCAGUUUCUUGUACACGUGAGUCCAUCUUCCGGGCCGUGUAAUAGGGCUCCAGUCCUAAUAGGCCAAAGUCCAAACGACGGAUCUUGUGAGGAAGUGUCAAAUGGAAACACAUUCAACAGCGUUAUUGAAGCAAAACAUAUCGACUCCUCCAGAAGCAUUGCAGAGAUUAUCACUGUCACACCACUUUAUAUGGUUAUUUCUGGCCUCCUGAAUUACACUGAUUCGAUCGGGGACACAGUAUUCUACAGGAACGUGUCGUGGAAUCCGCGAUUAUCUCAGAAAGGACGACAUAUCUUUUGUUUCAAGGCAGUUGACAAGUUCGGAAUUGAAAGCAAGCAAAGAUGUAUUACCAUUAUCGUCGGAUCAAACAACACUCCAAAUCCGUUAUUGUACUCCCGUGUUCCUGUGGUUCCUCGUUUGUCAUGGCCGUGGUGGUUUGGAUUUGUGGACUUUAACAUAACGUUUGACCAACAGAUCAAAAGACCACGUCAUUCCAAGUUUAUAAGGAUCGUCUUGGAAGAUCACGUGAUAUACAAACUUGACACACGCUCUUCGAGUGAAGUCACCGUUGAUAAAUUCAGCCUUAAAUUCCGCCUGCCGCAAGUUGUUCUCAGCAUGCGAGGAAAUUAUUCUAUCACCAUGGACCGUGGUGUUGUCGUGGGCCUCGGUUGUACAUCGGAUGGUCCGCCCUCACCAGGCUUCAGCUCGUUGAAAGACUGGCCAUUUGAUGUUGGAGUUUGUUCUAAGGGCACUUACAUGGGUCAGAAUAAUCAGUGUAGUGACGUAAAUGAAUGUUCGAAGGCGCCGUCCAUUCUGAGUCGCAAGAAAAGAAAUCCUUGGCCUUGGUAUUGGUACUAUUACACUUCUGCGCAAGCCAUAGCAUCAAGUAUACCCACUACUAGUUUUUCACCGACGCCAGCUUUUGCAGUUGCUGCUACUUCGUCAAUUUCUGGUGCCUGUUCAUAUUACCUAUACCAACGAAAUGGUCGAUUUACAAGCCCAGGCUUUCCAAACCGAUACUCAAAUAAUCAGCAUUGCACCUGGUCAAUUGAGGCCCCAUAUGGCUACUACAUAUAUCUACAAUUUGGAUCAUUUAAUCUUGAGAGUGGCUACGACUGGGUCGAAAUAUUUGAUGGGAGCUCAGCAUACAGUACAAGAAUUAAAAGGGAAAGCGGCUAUCAGCCAUCUUGGGGAGUGUGUAGCAGUGGAAGGUUUCUUUUUGUGAAGUUCACGACAGACGGGAGUGUUAC